AUGAGUCUGCAACGACUAAACAUGGCACUGGUACCAUUUCUCUUCCUUAUUCUUCUUGCUUCUAACUUUCCUUUCAAAGCAAAAGGAUCACUACUACCAUUCUUAGACUCUCCCAACACUCUCUUAUCGGAUCUCUGGUCUGAUCGUUUCCCUGAUCCAUUUCGCGUCUUAGAACAAAUCCCCUUUGGAGUUGAGACACAUGAACCAUCAAUGACACUGUCACAUGCUAGAGUAGACUGGAAGGAAACUCCAAAGGAACAUGUUAUAAUGCUGGACGUGCCUGGGUUGAAAAAAGAUGAUAUAAAGAUAGAAGUGGAAGAGAAUAGGGUGCUAAGAGUGAGUGGUGAAAGGAAGAAAGAAGAAGAGAAAAAAGGAGAUCAUUGGCAUAGAGUUGAAAGAUCUUAUGGAAAGUUCUGGAGGCAGUUUAGAUUGCCUGAAAAUGUUGAUUUAGAUUCUGUCAAAGCUAAGAUGGAAAAUGGUGUUUUAACUUUAACACUUAAUAAAUUGUCACAUGAUAAGAUCAAAGGUCCUAGAAUGGUUAGUAUUGUUGGGGAUGAGGAUGACAAACCAUCUAAGAUCAUCAAUGAUGAGUUGAAAUAA